GCAGCCACGCCACCCUCGGCUCUUUUUCGUGCGAUGUCUGACUCGUAGGCUAUGCGCGGCUCGGCUCCACACAGAACAGAGCAGUCCCCGACUCCAGAUCCUGCGCCGCCGGGAUUCAGCCCCACCGCCGCCACCGUCGUCGGGAAUCGCCUCGUCGCCGCCGGGAUUCGCUUUAGCGCCGCCACUGGGAAUCGCCUCGCCGCCGCCGGGAGUUGCCUCCGCGCCGCCACCGGGAAUCGCAUCGCCGCCGCUGGGAGUUGCCUCCACGCCGCUGCUGGGAGUCACCCAAACUUGCGUCGGCAAGAGGUAGCAUUAUCUGUUUGCUACAAUCUGAAGAAGUGGAGGGCUAGGAAACCAAAGCUUCUUAACUGUUUGUACAAGACUAGAGUCAACUGGAUUGCUGCUGGCAGAGUGUUAUAGUAGAACAUUAAAAAGGCAUAAGCUUCUCCCCCCUGCAUGCUUGAAGAGCUUCAGUCAAGAUGGCACUGCAAAGCAUUGGUGCUUCAAACAGGGAUGAUGCCUUGUACAGGUGCAAGAUGCCUAGAAUCCUAACCGAAGUAAAAGGAUGUGGUAGGCAUCAACAUGAGGGAGCGAAGAGCGAACUGGAGGCCACCUACUCGCGCAAUAGCUACACUCCGUCGUCGUUCUAUCCAAAGGCUCUCAAGUAUAAUGUUGGAAUAACACAACUGCUGAAAAAACCGUUGAAGAAGACGCAAUGGUUGCUAAUGGAGCAGACUUAGACUAGGAAUGUCAAAUCUUGCAAAUGUGAUGUUGAAUUCAUGACAACUUUGUACCAGCCUAUAGCUGAUUGUUCUCCCUGACAAUACAUAUGGAUAAUAUAAAAUCUUCAUUUUGAUGGAUGUGUUAAAAAAAUGUGAGUGUUUCUCUGA